UUUCUGUAUUUAACAUGAUCGUGACUUGCACCCUUGUUGCAUGAACCUUCAGAAAACCAUAUCUGAUCCUUUUAAUAAUGGGAUGAAGCUGAUUCUUAAGGGCAAAGUGUCCUCCGACUCCUUUUGUGUGAAAUGCCAGAGGAAGGAUCUAAACCUAAAGGCGGCCGAAGGGUUCAUAGGGUGGUUUUAUGUGUCCUCGGGCGGAAAUUAUUGGUACCAUGUCCAUUGUCUGAAUAAAUUGAUCCUCCGUGCGCGGAAAAGGAGCUAUUUCAAUGUUCCUCCUUCUUUUUACCUUGUCCGUUUUAUGUUUCUCGACCAUAUGGAGAAAUUGACUCAGGAAAUCAGAAGGGGCUAUUUCAAUGUUCCUCCUCCUCCUCCACUUCUGCUUCCACCUCCUCCACCACCACCACCACCUCCUCCUCCUCCUCCACCGCCACUUCCUCCUCCUCCUCCUAGUAUGGCCGACACAGCUGAGGCUGCAAGCUCAUCAAGAAGUAUGAGCGUGCCAAGUGAUAGAGGCUCGAUCGAAUCAGCCCCAAGCUCUUUGGAAAGAAGCUCGCCGCAGACUUCAUACUUCACUGCUGAGAGGUUGUUCCGACUGGCGAUAUUAUUUCUCUGCCUUGGAAUAGCAAUACGAUAUGCGCCUCAGAAUCCAGGUGAACUUUUUACUGUUAUCACUGGUGUGCUACUGAAGUUUUUAUGACACACACACACACACGUAACGGCGGCAACUUUAUAUUGCUCUUGUUAAUCGUCGAGUUAUGUUUGCAUUACUCUUUUAUGUCUGACCAACUUGUGAUAGCCCAUUGGCUUCGUACGUGUUCUCUUGGCAUCUGGUUCUACUUUUGCACGGUUGUUGCUAAUAAAGCUUUCUUUCAUUUUGUUUUCUU